AUGCCGGUCGGACCCAGUUCCUGCUCAAUCAGGAGCUGCUGCCAUACAGCCCCAUCGCCGCCCAAGAUUCCCUCUUCACAGCCCGCCCGUCUUCCCUCCAACAUCCCCCUUCGAACCCUGCCUUCUCGCUCGGACCAGGAACAGGCGACGUCAUUGCUGGGUGCCCACCAGAGCCCCGACCCCGACUCUCCUCCCUCCCGCCGUCACGGCCGCGGCCACCAACACCAACACCAUCACGGCCACGACUACGACCAAAAGGCCAUUGCGUCCGGCUCCGAAUCCUCUUGGACCGACACGGGCGACAUUGCCGAGCAGCUCGGCGACGAGGAUCCCCUGCGCUUCCAGCUCGACCACGACGCCGAUGACGAGCUGCUCGCUGGCCUAGCACGACGACACACCAAGAGCCACAACCCGCAAAAGCGAGUCCGCAUCCAGCCGCCCGCGGGACACGCCCAUCGCUCCCCCUCGAGACCGGGCCCCGUUGACAAGGAGGCCAUCGAGGUCCCUCGCAUCCAGAAACCUCGUCCCACCCUCACCCUCCGCGCCCUCGGCUUCAUCAUGACCGGCGGACGCUCCGUCCAUGGCCUCACCGGCAAGGCCCUGGUGUACUUCACCAGCAUCUUCGUGUCAUUAGGCGUCUUCCUCUUCGGAUAUGACCAGGGCGUCAUGUCGGGAAUCAUCACCGGCCCCUUCUUCAAGGCCUACUUCCACGAUCCCUCGAGGGCCGAGGUCGGCACCAUGGUGGCCAUCCUCGAGAUCGGCGCCUUCAUCUCCUCCCUCAUUGUCGGUCGCGUCGGUGAUAUCAUAGGCCGCCGCAAGACCAUUUUCUACGGCUCCAUCAUCUUCUUCGUCGGUGGUGCCCUCCAGACCAUGGCCAACGGCAUGCCCAUGAUGAUGCUCGGCCGCAUCAUUGCCGGUUUCGGUGUCGGUGCCCUGUCGACGAUCGUGCCCGUGUACCAGUCCGAGAUCUCCCCUCCUCACAACCGUGGCAAGCUGGCCUGCAUUGAGUUCUCGGGCAACAUCAUCGGCUACGCCACGUCGGUCUGGGUCGACUACUUCUGCGGCUUCAUCCAGAGCGACAUGUCCUGGCGUGUUCCGCUGAUGAUGCAGUGUGUCAUGGGCGCCCUGCUCGGCUUCGGCAGCCUGAUCAUUGUCGAGUCGCCCCGAUGGCUCCUCGAUACGGACCGUGACGAAGAGGGCAUCAUUGUCAUUGCUGACCUGUACGGCAAGGGUGACAUUCACAACCCCAAGGCCCGUGAGGAGUUCCGUGAGAUUAAGAUGAAUGUCCUGCUCCAGCGCCAGGAAGGCGAGCGUUCCUACGCCGAGAUGUUCCGCCGCUACGGCACCCGUGUCUUCAUCGCCAUGUCCGCCCAGGGCCUGGCCCAGCUCAACGGCAUCAACGUCAUCUCGUACUACGCGCCCUACGUCUUUGAGUCGGCCGGCUGGGUCGGACAGGAUGCUGUGCUGAUGACCGGCAUCAACGGCAUCACGUACUUCCUGUCGACCAUCCCCCCGUGGUACCUCGUCGACAGGUGGGGACGCCGGCCUAUCCUGCUCAGCGGUGCCAUCCUGAUGGCUGUCUCCUUGUCGCUCAUCUCGUACUUCAUCUACCUCGACGUGUCGUGGACGCCGACGUGCGUCGUCAUCUUCGUCAUGAUCUACAACGCAGCCUUUGGCUACUCGUGGGGUCCGAUCCCCUGGCUGUACCCGCCCGAGAUUCUGCCGCUCAGCAUCCGUUCCAAGGGUGCCAGUCUGUCGACGGCCACCAACUGGGCGUUCAACUGGCUGGUCGGCGAGAUGACCCCCAUCCUGCAGGAAUGGAUCAAGUGGCGCAUGUACCUGAUCCACGCCUUCUUCUGCGUCGUCAGUUUCGUUGUCGUCUACUUUGUGUACCCCGAAACAUGUGGUGUCCGUCUCGAGGAGAUGGACUCGCUGUUUGGCGACGCCAGCACGGCCAUUGGCACGCCGUCGAUUCACGCCGCCGAGACAGGGUCGCUCAUGCAGUACGGCUCGCCUGCAUCGGCCAUGCGCCCCGGCGUCGGUCCCGACCGCGCGAUCCCAGGACUGUCGCUCGACCCGGCCGACGCCGCAGCCAUCGAUGGCAAGGCGUCGCACCUCGGCGGCGUCAACGACGCCGACGCCAGCAGCACCAUCAGCGGCUGGGUGUCGCGCGUCGUCGGCCGCACCCGCGGCGACAGCAGUGCCGGCGGCGGACGAUACGCGCCGGUCAACCAGACGGGCGACGGCGGGGACGAGAGGGACUAG